CGGCGUUUCACCAGCAGUUGUCACCUCAGCAGUUGGUGGAAGAGAAGCACAUGUGUUGCUCUAAGUUGGACCCUUUAUUUAUUUAUUUUUGAAAGAGUGUCUCUCAGUGAUAUUUGAUUUUGAAUAUUUCAUGAUUGGACCAUAAGAAAGAACGUCCUCUAUCGUGGAACCAGACAGCCUGAUCUUCUUUUUUUGUUCAAUCCAUUCUUUGACGGAGCUGCCCAGCUGAGGUGAAGGGGAGGGCAGAAGAUCCCAGUGGAGCGUUCAUGACCUGUCCGCAGAAUCGGGACCAUGAUCUGAGGACGGUGCAGGGCGCAUAGAACCCCGUUUUCCUCUCCUCCUUGUCCCUAUUUUUUUGUUAUUAUUUUGUUUUUUCCAGUCUGAGCAAAAAGCCUCUCUGCUCAGGUGCUUCAGACAGUCAGGGUGCACAGAAAGGUCAAACUGAAAACAAGUAAACAUCGAAAGAGGAGGGAAACACAUCCACAGCCAUCUGUGACCUCACACACAUCCUCCCUACUCCUCCCAGCGCAACAGCAGAACCAUGGGGAGGAAAAAGAUCCAGAUUCAAAGGAUCACCGAUGAACGCAACAGACAGGUGACAUUCACCAAACGGAAGUUCGGCUUGAUGAAGAAGGCGUACGAGCUGAGCGUCCUUUGCGAUUGUGAGAUAGCUCUCAUUAUCUUCAACCACUCGAACAAACUGUUUCAAUACGCCAGCACCGACAUGGACAAGGUCCUGCUCAAGUACACGGAGUACAACGAGCCACACGAGAGCCGGACCAAUGCCGACAUCAUCGAGGCUCUGAACAAGAAAGAGCACCGGGACUCUGAGAGCCCAGACCCCGAGGAGCCCUUCUCCCUCACCCCCCGCACUGAGGAGAAAUACAAAAAAAUUGACGAGGAGUUUGAUAAAAUGAUGCAGAACUAUAGGCUGUCAUCCACUGUCCCGCAGCCCAGCUUCCCCAUGCCAGUCACCGUGCCAGUGUCCAAUCAGAACGCGGCGGCCGCAGCAGCCCUCCAGUUCAGCAACAAUCCUGCCGGCCCCAUGGUCACCACCACCUCCUUCGUCACCUCCGCCCUCACAGAUCCCCGCCUCCUGUCGCCACAGCAACCAGUUCUGCAGAGGAACACCGUGUCGCCGGGGUUACCACAGCGACCAGCCAGCGCAGGUGCCAUGUUAGGGGGAGAUCUGGGGAACUCAAACGGAGCGUGUCCAAGUCCAAUUCCUAAUGGUUACAUCAGUGCCAGGGCCUCCCCGGGCCUCCUGUCCGUAUCCAAUGGCAACAGCCUGGGAAAAGUAGUCCCGGCAAAGUCUCCGCCUCCACCCAGCCCUCAGAUGGUCAACAGCCGGAAGCCGGACCUGAGGGUCAUCACCUCACAGAGCGGGAAGAGCCUCAUGCAGCUGACAGAGGAAGAGCUGGAGUUGGUGAGUGAGAAUGCUCAGCGGCUAGGUAGCUCUCAGGUGACUCAGCCGCUCACAACUCCAGUGGUUUCUGUGGCAACACCCAGCCUCCUGGCUCCCUUUCCCGGCAUGCAGACGGCCUACAACACCGAGUACCAGCUGACGAGUGCGGAUCUCACAGCCCUUCAGACUUUCACACCACCAGGGCUGGUGCCUGGCAACAUGGCCGCCUGGCAGCAGCAACCGGUCGUCUCCCAGCAACAACAACAGCAGCAACAGCAGCUGACACUGGCAUCACUCAAUAACUUGGUCUUGGCUUCUCAGUCCAACUUUCUCUUGGGCAGAGAGGAUGGCCUCUGCUGGUCAGUGGGCCCUGUACCUCAGAGCACCGCACUCACAGUCAACACAAACCCUAACGUCAACAUCAAAUCAGAACCCGUAUCCCCGAACCGUGACCGCAGCACCCCCAGCUCCACCGGCGGUGCGGGUGCUCAGAUCCAGGGACAAGGUCUGGUGGCGGUGGCCUUCCCCGGCAACCAGGGCCGCUCGCCCGUCGACAGCCUCAGCAGCAACGGCAGCUCCUACGAGGGCAGCGACCGGGACGACGGCGCCCAGGGUCGAGGCGGGGGACAGGACUUCCACCACCAGGGGGGAGGCGGAGCUCAGCAGUCCACCAUGAUCCUCCUGCGGCCAUCUUCAGCUGAGCCUCAGGAGCAGGACGGGACGAGCAUCAAGAGAGUGAGAUUGGAUAACUGGGUGACAUAAAGAAGAGAGGAGAGGAAUGGACACAAAGGAGAUGUGUACUUUGGCUUGUGUACAUGCCCCCACCCCCCCCACCAGCUCUGAUACCCCCCCCUCCCCUUUUGAAAACCCACAAAGAAUAAAACAACCAUUGACCCGGUAACUUACUCCUCAUGCAGGAAAUGUAUUCAUGCACAACACAAGCAUGCAAACACACUCAUGUUGCACGUGUGGACACUGAUGCUCAGCUGUACGGCGAUGUGCGUUCAUUUUGUACUUUGAUGUACUCCAAACAUGACACCCCCCCCCCACCCCCGUGGGUUGAGCCGACGAUCCAGGGAUUACUCAUCAAACGAAUUACCAUGUUGGACUUGAUCCGGCUGCAUUUCUGGUUGGAGCGAACAAGUACGUUUUCAAUCAGGCAAAAAAAAAUUGGACUUUUGAGCUAUUUGACAGACAAGAGACAAAACAAACCAGGCUUGGUUACCCAGAAUGCCCUGCAAUUGGUUUGUGAACAGAUCGCCGACUCUUUCAUUCUCCUCUCUCUUCCCCCCCCCAGAAGAUUUUGGUCCGCUCUGACAGGUCUGGGCUCUAAAAUUGAAGCCAGGAAUGUCUGAAUCCGUCCGCCCGCCGCUGUGUCUGGUUCUUCUUUUCUCUGGGCGGUUUUUGAGUCGGAUUUCGCUCUCCUGUCCUGACUGUUCAGACUUUAGAUUCAUUUCGCUUUUUGAAUAUGAAGACACUAAAAAAGAGAAACUCUCUUCUCUGUCCGGCCGCGCUGGCAGGCAGCUCCGUCAACAGUGAACAUGAAAGCGGACCCUCAGGUCUCUGCCGAAUCAGAACCGUGCAGACUAGCUGUAAGACGAGGAGCAUCAUUUGGUUGACUGCUUUUCUUUGAAUCAGGGAUGAGCUGCGGCAGCUCGGCGACACGUGACAGAGUCUCAUCGCUCGGCCCACACCGUGUCUGAGAAAGCUGCGUGUGUUUGGUGUGUGUGUGUGUGUCGUUUGUGUAUACGGGUUUGUUACCUCAACUGAUUGUCGUUUCUUUUUAGCAAGUAAUUGGACAAAUGUUCACUAUUGAGUUUCAUCCUUGAACACACAACUGCAAUGCACACAGCGGAAAUUAUUUUUGUGGUAGCUGAUGUUCAAAG